CUGAAUGGUGGCGUGCGGGAGCCCGAGUCGCCCGGCUUUGGGGCCAGGCUGCAGCGUGGAUGCUUCUGAACUCAGCCUGCCGUCCGGAGGCUGACGGGGCUGGUGGCGGAGGGCCAGGACCAAAGCGCUUCUUGCGGGACGUUGAGCCUUGAGAUCCGCUUGCCCGGGAUUUGGAUUCCGUGUCCAGCAUUGUCCGAGAACCUCUUGGCUCAGACUCCAGCGAGGCGGCGGCCAGUGCCAUAGGCGAGGCAAGUCAGCGUUGAAGUCCCCAGGAGCCAGCAGGAGAGGAGACGGAGAGGAGGGAGCAGCUGGGUUGCCCAAGGACUGUCCAUGCCGACGGUGUAUGAAGCUGGGAAGCAGUACACAGGACCCGAGGCGGCAGGGAGACCCCCGUCCAUGUCCCACCAUGAGACCUCCCCUUCAGCCGUGCAACCUGUGGGUCAACACCGCCCCAACGCCUGCUGCUUCUGCUGGUGCUGCUGCUGCAGCUGCUCGUGGAAUGAAGAUCGGGAGAGGGCUUGGAGGGCCUCUCGAGAUACCAAACUGGAGACCAUCCCAAACUGUGAAGCUUGCACCAAACCAAGCCCCGAGGAGAUCCAGGGCUGGGCGCAGUCGUUCGACAAGCUAAUGAAGAACCCUGCGGGCCGGAACGUGUUCCGCGAGUUCUUACGGACUGAGUACAGCGAAGAGAACAUGCUCUUCUGGCUGGCCUGCGAGGAGCUCAAGACAGAGUGCAACAAGCACACGAUCGACGAGAAGGCCCGGCUCAUCUACGAGGAUUACAUCUCCAUCCUCUCGCCCAAGGAGGUGAGCCUGGAUUCACGAGUCCGGGAGGUCAUCAACAGGAAGAUGCAGGAACCCUCCUCCCACACGUUCGAUGACGCCCAGCUACAGAUCUACACUCUCAUGCACAGGGACUCCUACCCCCGCUUCCUGAACUCUGCUUUCUACAAGUCCCUGCUCCAGACCGUGUCCCGCUGCUCCUCGGAGUCCUAGGACACUCCGGUCACCACAAGGUCUCAUGUCCGCGGGCGGUUUGGCCACACGGACCACUUCUGUUUCAUCGUCACAGCGCCGCUGUCAGAGGUCGCAUGUGAACAGCUCUCCAACUGGGGGUUCCUUGCCCUCCAUCAUCCCCACACUCUCACUCACCCUCAGCACAUGCUCAGUCUCUCCCAUUAGACUCAUUUUUUAGCUUUAGCCGUGAACUGCCUCCUCCCCUGGGCACCACCGGUCAUCACAGCAUCCUCAGCUCCGUGACUCAGGCCGCCCAUUGUCCCCGCCUACCACGACCGCCCAGGCUGCGGCGUCCGAUGCCGUUUCUUUAGAAACUCAGGCCUGCCGUUUACUACUGAAUCCCUCUGGACGCACCCAGCUCUGGGCCAGCGAGAUUCUCUGGAAGGGCAACUGGAGGAGGAGGAAGUGGAGGAGGAGGAGGGGGCUGGGGGCAAUCUCCCUCUUCUCCCCUCCCCACUGCCACAGCAGGCCCAGGCUGCUGCUUUUCCUUUUCUGUUCGACAGUCACUUUAUAACCUCUCCCCUACCCUUAUAACCCCCUUUCCAGCUAAAUCCCCCCAUCCGUCUCCCCGAGAGAUCACCACCGCCCCGUUGCUUCAGUCUGCUUUACUCUGGGACUUGGGGAAGAGAAUUAUUAUUAUUUUUUCAAGCCUAUAAAGUGUCAGGUUUACAUAGCACUAUCAGUCCACGGCCUCCUGAGAAGAGCGAAUGAAAACGAUGCCGAGGGGAAGAGUCCCUGAAGAGCCGAACCCUAGUGAUCCCCUGCCCCCCACCUCAUCCACAUCUCUGUUUACAGAAGUUCUAUCCGGAAAUAUUUUUUAAAUCCUCCCCACCUUCCUGUCCUCUCCAGCCAUUUGAAACCAACGGUGGGUUGGAAUCAGGCUCUCAGCACAGGGCCUCCUCACCAUCAGGGGGGUUUUAUUGGUGAAUUUCUAAGGCUUGCGACCCUGCCUUCUUCCUCCCUCCUCUCCCCGUCCUUCAGUGGCCACAGAACCCCACCUUCUAACUGGCCUGGUGGUUCCCCCUGCAGUCUCUCUCCUCCCUCAUCUCUCCCCUGAGCCUCACACUCAAGCUACUUAAAGCUGCAGAAAGCUAAGCGGUGAUUCUGCUUUCCCAGCCGUGUGCGUCCAGAAAUAAAGGGGAGGGGGUUAGAGUUCCCUUCACCCACCACCAUCCCCCGGCCUACUCAGUCCUGGGCUCCCAGGGGUGGGUGGGCACAGCCCAAGCUCAGAACUCUCUGGGAAAGAGCAGGCCCAGCAGGCAGCAUAGUGGUCCACGGGCUUUCGCUCAGCCUCUGAACAGGUAGGUGCAGCCCCUUAGUGAAUCUGACCCUUGGGACCUGGACUGCCCUCCUCAAGAGCACCAUCGCCUCACCAGCUGACUGACAUCAAGACUGGCUACUCUGAGGGCUGUGCCCAGGACGUAGGGCAGGUCAGGAAGGAGUCGACAGAGAUCCCCUUCUGAGAAUUUAAGGACUUUACCCCUUGUAGGUCAGAGACACAAAACACUGCCCUCUGCCCAUGGCCCUGCAACAGAAAUCGACUUGGUUCUUUCUCACAGGCCCCCAAAAUCACUUACUGCUGCCUGAGGUUUUGGGUCACAGUUCAUCUCAGCCAGUCCCCCAUCACAACCACUGUCUAUACCUGCUCCAAGAGCCCUGCCCACCUCCCUACCCCUCUUGGUUUCCUUUGGGUUUUUUCAGGAGCCUAGGUGAAAGGGUAAAACGGGGAGAUGCUGCCAUGAUGACCCCAUCUUCUCUGACAGUGGCACAGGGGCCCCAUCUACAGUACCCCACCUCUGCCAGUGCCCCCACGCCAGUUCUCCAACGUCAGCUUCUAACUGUGCCAAAUCCUACCUGUGGCCCUGGGAGCAAAACCCAAAUUCCCCAACUCUGGGCUGAGCUUGCCAGAUGUGAUUUCUUGGAGUUGAAGCCAAAUUCAGAACGGAGCUCUGUGGGGUCACUGAGCCACAUAUUCUCCCCCCUGCCCUUCCCCAUAACACAAAUACCCUCCCCCAACGCACUCUCUAUCCCCACUAAAUUUCCAAAUCUAAUCGGCAGAGAUUCAUCCCAUAUUUUUCACUGUGGAACUUCAGAGUCAAAACUGCCAAAUGUCUGGCCCCCGAGAGACCACCAGGGAUUGGGUUGGAGAAAAACCGUCCACCGCUCCAACGACCUGUAAAAUUGGGCUUCAACAGGUCACAACCACAGUUAACUGUAGUUGGGUCCAAUUCCUGAUCCCUUCUUACAGAACAGAGCAACUGGGACCCACACUCCCCCAGAGAUACCAUUCUAGUCUUAUUUUCCAGAGAAUUGGAACUUCCUCCAAACCCCCAUAAUACCUUUCAGACAGGCAACACCUUUCAACCAUGUGCACAGGAUCAGUCAGAGUAAUGCCUUUGGUGGGAAAUAUAUUCUUUAUGUAUAUUUUUGUAGCACAGGAGGAACUGUUUACUCAAAAUCCCUGGCCCGAUCUCAACCGUCUCCACCAACUCCCUCCACGGCCCCCUCCCCCAACUCCAGGAGGAAUCCAAGGAAAAACCAGCUGGGGAAUGGGCAGCCUUUUGAACAUCCACAAAAAGAAGUUAUAGGCCCAGAGCUAAAUUUUGUAUUUUCAUAUAAUUUUUAAAGUCUCUGUCUUAGUGUAUGAAACAAUAGUCUUUACUGUAUGUUUUACCAAAAAAAAAAAAGAGAAAAGAAAAUGAAACUCCCAGUUUUACUAUUUAUCUCCCAAGAAUUAAGGACAAGAUCUUUUUAUUGAAGAUAUUUUUUAAACAACAAAAAUUCUCUUCUCUUUCUUUCCACCCCCCCCCCCCUUAUUUUCUACUUUGGUGGGAAACACCAAAGCAAACAUGUAACUAUGAAAUUUUGUUGAAUUUUGUUUCAGAGACAGUGUUGUGAGGAAAAAAGUAGAGAUGAUUGA